CGGUGUUGCAGAUUCCGACGACGACUUUUUUUCUGCACUACUCCGCGAUGAAUCCGGUUCCAGGACCAGUUCUAGUGCUAAUCAACAAAGUCAGAAGUCUUCAACGUCCUCAACAAAUACCACAACGUCAUCAAUUUCGCGUAUGACCUUGGAUAGUAAUGGGAGCACGCAAGAAGAGAUCACGAACUGCAAAUUGCGCAUCUACAUCGAAAAGAGCAAUCGCGCAGCCUGGCUAGAGUUCGCCUACGAGGUGGAUGGUUGGCCGAUGAAGAAAGAGAGACCUUUGGCAUACAACAACAACGACAUUCGAGCUGUGCGGAUUGUGAAGAUUAUGGUGAAUAGGAGAUCAGUUUAUUUUUCACUAUAUUUGCUCGGAAUAGAUAUAGAAUUAAUUUGAUCUUUUUGAAAAUUUCUUGCUCUUUUUCCUGAUAGAUUCAUGAACUCACAUUCCUCGACCUCGUCUAACUCUAAGCAAAGCACCUCUUCUGCGAACACUUUGGAGUUGGAUUUGGUCACAGCACUCGGCUUCAUGGGCCAGACGUGUCGGCCGCGCAAGUUCGUCUUCACUUUUUCCUGUGGGACUGACCGCGACGCUUUUCUCUCCACGUUGCAGUCUUUGCGGAGCUUUCGUUUCGGUCAAGAAGACGACGUCCUAGUCGAACAUCAAUAUCACGAGUGGAAGCUAAAUUUGAAUCAGAACGACGAAAAUCUCAGUGUCUGGGACCGUCGUGACGAACUAUGCCGCAUCGUGAAGAGCGAAGAAAUUCACACGCGGAUGAAAAAGCUGGUAUUGGAACGAUCGAGUAUUUUGCAGGAAGAAGAAAUGCGUUUUUCGAAAAUGGUUAUGCCGAGUUUAGAAGAAGCAGACGACCUGCUAGAUCAUGAUCAGGAUCAUGUUGAUAACGACAAAAGUGGACUACACGAGGAGGCGAUAUCCUUGUGGCGCAAGUUUGAUCUUUUCGAAGGGCUACUAGCCAAUUUGCGGAAUGUGGACUUGAUGCCAGCUGAAGAAUUCGGCUGCAUGGCUGUUGACGGCGACGAAGAGGAAGGAGAAGAAGAAAUCAUAGUGGAAAACUUCUAUGCAAUCGUACCGAUCAAUGAUGGAGGUAGUGUUUGAUUUUGGAAGGUUGAAGCUGUAGUAGGUCUUCUCAAAUUUGCAAAUAUAAUGAAAAUGUAAGGAUUUGUUGUUCAUGUUUGUUUGUUGAGGAGUGAAUUUCUCACGUGUUUUGAUGACCAUUUUUGCAUUUGUAAUGUCGUAGUUGAUAAGCUGAAGCUACUGCUGGGCAUGGGCUAGACCCUAGACGUCCAGUAUUUCAGAACUUUUUUUCAAAAUCUCUUCACACAUAUUUCAAUUGCCAUAUGAUGCAUCUAAGAUUAGGACCGACAAUACAGCAGCACCGGGAUGUGCUGAUUACUGAGUUGUACUGACAUUAUCUUAUCAUGAAAGAAAUGUUGAGGUUGUAGAACUAAUCGAACAAAUAGAGCUGAUGCAUGAUUGAAUCUUUCGUAUUCGUUGACCUACAAAAUCAAGUUUUGCAAUCGAACUUUUUUUUUACCGAUAGAUAAGAGCAGCAUGAUAACAUGAUCUUUUAGAACGACUAUGACUGAAGUACUUCAGUGAAGUACUUCCUUGCUUGAUAGUAGAACAAGGUAGCUGUAAGAAGUCAAGUGAUGAGUCAAUUCUGCACUCGCAUAGCCAUUGCCAUAGUAUAUGAUCUGUUUGAUGUCGAUUCCUCCUAGCAGUGGGAGUUGCUUAGUAACAAGAAUUCUAAGAAAGAAAGUCGUAACAAGAAAAACGAGUUUUGUGCAUAAGUAAGAAAUAGUUUUGGUAACAUCUCAGUUCUGGAAGUUCGGAUAUGGACCAAGUUCUUUUAUCCAUCUUUCAUGAGUACAGGACUUGCAGGUCGUUGCUCUACUUUGUGAGCUAAAGGUUGUUGAUUUCUCUCCACGAGAAGAUGUUUGUACAUUUUUGUAUUUUUGCAGUAGAAGUUGAAGUAUAAGUUGUAUAUGUUUGAGUUAAGCUGUACCAGCAGUAGUAGUAGUAGUAGUUGGCCUCUAAGGACUCAAACUCUAUUCGAAUAAUGUAGUUCUUGUAAUCGAGCAGGUAGAGUUCGUGAGUAGCUAAACAACUUAGUUAGGGUCUUUUAGGUUUGAAAAGAAGAUAGAGUUAGACGGGCUGUGUGGCUGAGCUGUUAUUUCAGAAUUGUAUACUCCUGUGUGAAAAUAGAACGCUGAUGAACAACAGAGAAUCCUGCAUCUCAAAUACAACUGUUGAUCUUGUUGUGUGAAAAUGAAUAUAUAUAAAAUCCUAAAGAUAUCUCCGAAGUUAAGCUUGAGAUGCUUUAUGGUGCUUUCGAAGCCGAUGAC